GCUGGGACGCCGCAAAAGCGACCACCUUUCUCGGAGAUCCUGCCCUUGCUGGACCAGGUUGAGCUGCCCGGAGUCAAAGCUAGAACUUCAAGCACAGAGCCUCGAGCUGCACCACCCCCAGUGUCUGAGAGCUCCCACACGAAGCCUUCUCUGCCCAAAGUGGCAGAAGAGCUGGACGCCAUGAUGCCUGUGAGCGAUGGAAUGUCCGACACGACCCGGGCAAUUUAUCGCAGGAGCCCUCUCCAUUUGACAAAGGGCUCAUGGCUGGAUGUGCCAGAGAGUGUGUCAGUUACGUCAGCUGCUCAUCGAGCUGACAUCAACCGUGCUGUGCAUCUUAUCAAGGGGAAGGUGCUUGACGCACCUCGGGGUGCCAGUCGGUCCUGCAGCGAUUUCUCUUUGAGGUGGCAGGACAGUUCAGACCUCGGCCUCCCUCCGAGUUCCGGUAGCCAGGUCGAAGCCGUCGCCUCAGAUCUGAGAGUGCCGUCUGCCUGGGAGGCCGGCCAGGCCCAGCCGGCUUUGGGAGCCCAAGGCGAGGGAGGGAGGGCCCAGGUUCACCGACCUCAGAGCGCCCCAACGUCUCUGGCAGCGGCCGUGAGGGCCACGGGACGCUACGCUCUCGUCGCUGCUGCUGCCGGCCUGGCCCUCUCUCGGAGACGCUCAGAAGACUCGAGAUCCGUCGCUCGAGGAGCGCAGGAGCUAAGCAGGGACGCCUCGCCAAACCGAGAAGCGCUCCUCCAAGACCUUCUGACCUUCAGCAGCGUCUUCAUGGUUGUCUGGGUCUUCAUCUUCCCUGGGAGUGCAUGGGUGGGGUCGUCCGUCCAGUAUGACGGAUGGCUGCGAAGCAUCUUCGAAAUGUUCUUCUCUGACUUGGGUCCUUCAAGUCUGCUCCUGAAGUACAACCGCUUUGGCUCGCUCCUCGAAUGGAUGCAUGCAGUGCCCGGGGCGGUUUGGUGUCUCCUGGCCCCUCUGCAACUGGUGCCAGAGUGCCGGGCCUGGCUAGGCGAGAAGCACGAAGACGCUGGCAGGCUCAUGUUGAGCGCAGCUGCUGUUCUCAUGGUAGGCUUCUUGCUGAUUGAUGCCAACCACCUGACAGCUGACAGAGUGGACUUUGCCACGGGCGGAAGUCUUGCCGAUGCAGCAGAUGCUUGGAGCACGAGUGUUGCCACUUGGCUGCCUCCCUUCAAUCAGGGGGGCAUGUAUGUCAUUGCAGCCUGGUUUGUGUACACCGGCAUUCAAACCUUCCGAAGUGGCACUGCCCAUGCAGCUGAUCAUGGGAGCUGGGCCUUGAGGCACGCUGCCUCGGGCCUUUGGGUAGCAGCACAGCGGCCGAUGUUUGCCGCCGUGCGCGUGGUGCAGGGCAUGCUGGGCUUUGGUGGAUCAUUAGCGCAGGCCGAUGCCUUCUACUGCUCGGCGUACGUGGUCACGGCCGCUUACAUUGCCUUCGCAGAGGUUGCCAUCCGUGGCAGAUCCGAAAAAGCGCUUCAGCCGAAAUGGAGCUUCGAGAAGGUGCCUUCCUUGAUUCCAAGCCCACUAGAACGGGACAGAGGGCUCCUCGGACGAUCCUGUGCUGGAAAGCCGCCAUCCAUGCUUCGCACGGAGAUGUCCCGGAUGACCUCCAGGUCGGAUGCAACGAAGUUCUCUGCUCUGCCGUGGACUGGAUAUAUGUCAGGGAAGUUGAGUGAAGCGGCCACGUUGACGGAAACGGCCCGCAGCGAGGCAGCAGACGACGAAUGUAGUAGCGUGGGCGAGGGCCGGUGUGCGAGCCAUGGUCCGUGGCCUACACGUGUAGCUUUUGAGGGGCCCGGUCGCGCGAUGAUUUCGGUGAUAAUGCCUUGCCGGAACGGAUGGCCUUUUCUGCCUUGGGCCGUGGAUGAUCUUGCUUCCAGCAGCACCCCGCUGGAGAUCCUCGUCUGUGACGACGGCAGCAGCGAUGGCUCCGAGAAGUGGCUCAAGGCCCUCGAAGCGCAGAGCCCGCAGAGCCAGGAGAGCCAGCCAGAGGAGAGGAUUUUUCUGCCGGAGCGAGCGGAGGAGCAGCGAGAGGAGGAGCAACCGGAGGAGCGGGGCUUUGUCCAGCAGGUCCCGUGGCCGGGUGAGGAUGGGAGCACCCCAACGCCUGCAGCGGUCGCGGCCAAGCUCCAAAGCGCCGGACAUCGUUUGGUUGUGCUGAGCAGCGGCGGGCGCGGCCAAGGAGCAGCGCAGAACGCUUGCCUGGAGGCUGCCAGCUCCCCUCUGAUCGGCCUGAUGGAUGCAGACGACCGGGGGGACCCGGAGCGCUUUGCGCGGCUUCUGGAAGCCCUCAACAAGAACCCUGACUGGGACGGAGCCUGCAGUGCAGUGCGCAUCUUUGGCUCCGUCUCCGAGGGCAUGGCGCGCUACGUGCAGUGGCAGAACAGCCUCCUAGAGCCGGAGGAGCUGAUGCUGAAUCGCUUCGUGGAAAUACCUGGCUUGCACCAGUCAGGCCUUUACCCAAGGUCACUGCUCUGGCAGAAGUUGCAGGGCUAUCGAGAUCUGCCCGGCUGGCCGAUCGACAUCGACACCUGGAUGCGCCUGGCAGAGUCCGGAGCCCGCAUUGGCAAGGUACCGGACGAACUCUACGGCUGGCGCCAGCACGUGCUUCAGAGUACAAGGAACCAUGGCCGCUGCGGCCUCGAGCGGCUCCGAGUCUGCAAGGCCCACUUCCUGCUCCGCUCACUGCCACCGCAGGUGCGCCGUCUGGAAAUCUGGAGUACUGGCCACACCCUCAACAGCUGGAGCGAGACGCUCCAGGCGCAGAUCCACGCUUUGGCCGAAUCUGAAAACAAGGAGCACGCCUCUGUGACGGAGCUUUUGCUGGUCUCUUGGCGGCCCAAAGGCGGCCGUCGGGGAGGUGCAGCUCGAAGAGCUCCAGAGGGCGGCGGAGGUGCUGCAGCAAGGGCCACGGUGACGACUGCGGCCGAAGACGAAGCGGCUGAAGCCCAGAGCACGGGAAGCUUCAGGGCCCAGGGUGAAAAGCGACAGCGCCAGACGAUGGAGAUCAGCGUGCUGACGACGGAACGCACAACGCCGCCACCCCCGAUACCACUGGAGUCGGACAGCGAGUCCGAGUUCGUGGCCCGAGUAUUUGCGUUCGGCAGCGAAAAGUUGCGGGAAAAGGCCCGACAAAGCAUCGAGACCGGCAGAGGACAAGGAGGCUGUGCGCUGGCACCCCGCGUGUCUCGCUGGGGUCGCUUGGAUUGGCCUUCUGCGUGA